GUGCGCGUGCGCAGUGCGCGGCUUUUGCUCGGACCUGGAGUAAUGACAGUGGGCGUUUGAUUCCAACAGGAUGGCCAGUUUCUCCAGCGAGGACCAGGCAAUGUUGCAGGCGAUGCUGAGGCAGUUGUUCCAGAGCGUGAAGGAGAAAAUCACGGGUGCCCCUUCCCUGGAGUGUGCCGAAGAGAUUCUUUUACAUCUGGAGGAAACUGAUGAAAAUUUUCACAACUAUGAAUUUGUGAAAUACCUCAGACAACAUAUAGGCAACACUUUGGGUUCUAUGAUUGAAGAAGAAAUGGAAAAAUGCACAUCUGAUCAGAAUCAGGGUGAAGAAUGCGGCUAUGAUACAGUUGUACAGCAGGUCACUAAAAGAACUCAAGAAUCUAAAGAGUACAAAGAAAUGAUGCAUUACCUGAAGAACAUUAUGAUAGCUGUGGUUGAGUCUAUGAUUAACAAGUUUGAAGAAGAUGAGACACGAAAUCAAGAGAGGCAGAAAAAAAUCCAAAAGGAGAAAAGCCGUAGUUACUGCACAGACAAUUGCUCUGAUAGUGAUUUGUCAUUCAGUCAGAGUUACAAAUUUUGUCAAGGAAAAUUACAAUUGAUUUUAGACCAGUUGGAUCCUGGGCAACCUAAAGAGGUGAGAUACGAAGCCUUGCAAACAUUAUGUUCCACUCCUCCAUCUGAUGUCCUGAACUGUGAAAAUUGGACUACUCUCUGUGAAAAACUGACAGUGUCUCUUUCAGAUCCUGAUCCUGUGUUUAGUGACCGGAUUUUAAAAUUCUGUGCACAGACAUUUUCGCUUUCCCCAUUACAUAUGACCAAGGAAGUUUAUACAAGCUUAGCUAAGUAUUUGGAGUCAUACUUUCUUUCUAGGGAAAAUCAUAUUCCUACUCUUUCAGCUGGUGUAGAUAUAACUAAUCCUAAUAUGACUCGUUUACUUAAAAAGGUUCGUCUUCUAAAUGAAUAUCAGAAAGAAGCUCCAUCUUUCUGGAUUCGUCAUCCAGAGAAGUAUAUGGAAGAAAUUGUGGAGAGUACUUUGUCUUUGUUAACAGUUAAACAUGAUCAAAGCCAUGUUGUCUCACAAAAGAUUUUGGAUCCGAUCUACUUUUUUGCAUUAGUUGAUACCAAGGCUGUGUGGUUCAAAAAGUGGAUGCAUGCACAUUAUAGCAGAACUACAGUAUUAAGACUUCUUGAAAAGAAAUAUAAGUCUCUGAUAACUACAGCCAUUCAACAGUGUGUUCAGUACUUUGAACUGUGUAAGACUAGGAAAGCUGAGGAAACUUUGGGACAUUCAAAGCAUUGCAGAAAAAAGCAGAAAACUUUCUACUACUUAGGACAAGAAUUACAAUAUAUUUAUUUCAUUCACUCACUGUGCCUUUUAGGAAGAUUAUUGAUCUAUAAACAAGGCAGAAAAUUGUUUCCUAUUAAGCUGAAGAAUAAAAAAGGUUUGGUAUCCCUCGUAGAUCUGAUUGUUCUAUUUACACAGCUUAUCUAUUACUCACCAAGUUGUCCAAAGAUGACAUCAGCUACACAUGCAGAGAAUUACUCUCCUGCAAGUAUGGUGACUGAAGUUCUAUGGAUACUCUGUGAUCAAAAAGAAUGCGCGGUGGAAUGCUUAUAUAACAACAUUGUAAUAGAGACACUUCUUCAGCCUAUUCACAAUUUAAUGAAAGGAACUGAGGCAUUUCCAAAUUGCUCUGAGACAGCUUUAAUUCAUAUAGCUGGUAUUUUGGCAAGAAUUGCAUCUGUAGAAGAAGGACUUAUUUUACUCCUUUAUGGAGCAAAUAUGAACUCUUCUCAAGAAAGUUCUACAGGUGCUCAUAUAAUUGCCCAGUUUUCGAAAAAACUUCUUGAUGAAGAUAUUUCUAUAUUUUCUGGAUCACAAAUGUUGCCUGUGGUUAAAGGAGCUUUUAUUUCUGUGUGUCGUCAGAUAUAUAGUACAUGUGAAGGCUUGCAGGUGUUAAUCACUUACAAUUUGCAUGAAUCUAUAGCAAAGGCAUGGAAAAAGACAAGUUUGCUAUCAGAAAGAAUUCCUACUCCAGUAGAGGGUUCUGAUUCUGUUUCUUCAGUAAGCCAGGAAUCCCAAAACGUUAUGGCUUGGGAAGAUAAUUUGCUAGAUGAUUUACUACAUUUUGCUGCCACCCCCAAAGGAUUACUACUUCUUCAAAGAACAGGUGCUAUCAAUGAAUGUAUGACAUUUAUGUUCAACCGAUAUGCAAAAAAAUUACAGGUCAGCAGGCAUAAAAAAUUUGGCUAUGGAGUUUUGGUUACACAAGUGGCAUCAACAGCAGCAGGUGGUGUUGCACUAAAAAAGUCAGGGUUUAUUAAUGAACUUAUAACUGAAUUAUGGUCCAAUCUGGAAUAUGGAAGAGAUGAUGUUAGGGUAACCCAUCCCAGAACUACUCCAGUGGAUCCUAUUGACCGAAGCUGUCAAAAGUCUUUUUUAGCACUGGUGAACUUGUUAUCCUAUCCUGCUAUUUAUGAGCUGAUAAGGAAUCAAGAUCUUCCUAAUAAAACAGAAUAUUCUCUUCGUGAAGUCCCAACAUGUGUUAUUGAUAUUAUUGAUAGACUUAUAAUUUUGAAUUCUGAAGCUAAGAUUCGUUCUUUAUUCAACUAUGAACAAUCACAUAUCUUUGGUCUAAGGUUAUUAAGUGUGAUAUGCUGUGAUCUGGAUACUCUUCUCCUGUUAGAGGCUCAGUAUCAGGUAUCUGAAAUGUUAUUAAAUGCUCAAGAAGAAAAUAUCUUGGAGACUUCGGAGAGCAACAGGGACUUUAUAAUUGAUGGCUUAUCAGUGGAGAGAAAUCAUGUUCUUGUUAGAAUAAAUCUUGUUGGUGGGCCAUUGGAACGGAUUUUGCCUCCAAGGAUACUCGAAAAGAGUGAUAAUCCAUAUCCUUGGCCAAUGUUUUCAUCAUAUCCUUUGCCAAACUGCUAUCUGUCAGACAUUACAAGAAAUGCUGGCAUAAAACAAGACAAUGAUCUUGGCAAGCUUUUAUUAUGCCUCAAAAUAUCUGAUAAACAAACUGAAUGGAUAGUAAACUGCCGAAGACAAUUUUGCAAAAUGAUGAAAGCCAAACCUGAUAUAAUCAGUGGAGAGGCCUUAGUAGAAUUACUUGAAAAAUUUGUGCUUCAUCUCACUGAAAGCCCGUCUGAAUGCUAUUUCCCUUCAGUGGAGUAUACAGCUACUGAUGCAAAUGUGAAGAAUGAAAGCCUUUCAUCUGUGCAGCAGCUUGGCAUUAAAAUGACUGUCAGGUAUGGCAAAUUCCUCAAUCUCUUAAAAGAUGGUGCAGAAAAUGAUCUUACCUUGGUUUUAAAGCAUUGUGAGAGAUUUCUGAAACAGCAGCAAACUUCCAUAAAAUCUUCUCUUCUCUGCCUGCAAGGGAAUUAUACUGGCCAUGACUGGUUUGUAUCUUCUCUGUUCAUGAUAAUGUUGGGAGACAAAGAAAAAACAUUCCAAUUUCUUCGUCAAUUCUCCAGGCUUCUGACUUCUGCUUUCCUUUGGUUGCCAAGACUACAUAUUUCUAGUUACCUACCUAUUGACACUGUAGACUCUGGCAUCCAUCCAGUAUAUUUUUGCAGCACCCAUUAUAUUGAAAUGCUACUGAAGGCUGAGUUGCCUCUUGUGUUUUCAGCUUUUCACAUGUCUGGUUUUGCACCAUCACAGAUUUGCCUGCAAUGGAUAACCCAGUGUUUUUGGAAUUAUUUAGAUUGGAUAGAAAUCUGCCAUUAUAUUGCUACUUGUGUUUUCCUUGGUCCCGAUUAUCAAGUGUAUAUCUGUAUAGCUAUAUUCAAACAUUUACAGCAAGACAUUCUACAGCACACUCAGACUCAAGAUCUGCAAGUUUUCCUAAAAGAAGAAGCACUGCAUGGGUUUCGAGUGAGUGAGUAUUUUGAAUACAUGGAGAUUUUGGAACAAAACUACCGAACAGUGCUGCUGAGAGACAUGCGGAACAUUAGACUGCAGAGCACAUAGAUCAUGAGGCACACAGUUUAAAUUUAUGUUUUGUUUAUUUUUAAAGGCAACAGGGGGGCUUGUUUUCUGUGUCUGUAACAACAUAUACUUUGUGAAUAUACAUAUUGUAAAUACUGAGAGGUUUUGAAUAUAAUGAUAUAUGUAAGUAGGUAUGAGCUCAAUUUGUGAAUUCAUUUUUGUAAGUUUGUUGUUUUGUAAGGUUAUUAUAGAAUCAGAUCUAGCUUACUUACAGUUCUUAUUCAUAUUUAAGAGUCAGUCCUGGCCGUGCGCAGUGGCUCAUGCCUGUAAUCCCAUCAUGAGGUGGGCGGAUCACGAUGUCAAGAGAUCGAGACCAUCCUGGCCAACAUGGUGAAACCUCGUCUCUGCUAAAAAUACAAAAAUUAGCUGGGUGUGGUGGUGUCCGUGUAGUCCCAGCUGCUCAGGAGGCUGAGGCAGGAGAAUCGCUUGAACCCGGGAAGCAGAGGUUGCAGUGAGCCAAGAUCAUGCCACUGUAUUCCAGCCUGGUGACAGAGUGAGACUCCGUCUCAAAAAAAAAAAAAAAAAAAAAGGCCAACCUACAUCUCCUUCUUGAUUCAGAUGAUUAAAAUAUUUUUUCCAGUGAGUUUGGAAAGGAGAAGUAAUAGUGUAAAUAAUAUUUUGACUAGCUGCAGAAAGCCCAUAAGACAGGAAAAGACAGUAUUUCUUGCAUUCUUUAUGUCUGUACAUAUAAAGGAAAACAGACAAAACCACAACUGCUUCUUUUACAUGUGAAAGAACAAUGAUAUUAUUUAUCCAUGGCAAGUGGUAGAAAGACUGUUGUCCUUUUACAUAAUUGUUUUUUAGGAGUUGCUUUUGAUACCUAUAUCAAUUUAUAAUUCUUUGUUUGAAAUGAAGUCUUUACAUGGUUCAUUGAAGAGACAGAUUGGUUAUUUCAUACUGAUAAGCAUUCUACUCCUAUUUGUUAUGCAUUUUCCUUAGUGAUAGAUUUUACUUGUACUGAACCUGAAAAUAUCAAGGAGAAUACAUUUGUAAAUUAUUUCAAAUGGCCAACACUGUGAUUUGUUUUAUUUAAAUAGAAGUCUCUGUACCAGUAAGAUUAAUACAGUAUGUGAAUGUCUAUUUUUUAUAUCAUAACUCACAAUGAAUAUAUGAAAGAUAAUACAUGAAUAUAUUACAUUAUUCAUUUUUAGACAUAAGUUUAUUUCAAGAAGUUUUUCUAAUUGUAGCUGUUGUUUUUUAUUCUUUCCUUGUAUCUAAAUAUAAAUCAACCAUUAAAAUCGUUCUAACU